CGUAACAUAAGUGGCGUGCCAUUCGAUUGGGUUAUUAGCAUACAUUGUCUGGUUUAUAAUAAACGGCGAGACGCGCAUGCGUACUGAACCACCCAAAUGACAGUACAGUGACCACGAAUCCAAUAAAAAUGAGACUGUUAUAUCUAACCGAUGCGGCAUUUAGUACACUGAUUUAAAUUAUUAUUAUUCCGAUAAAAAGUCAUGUGUAUUCAUUAUCUUCUUAUACUGAUUAAUAAUAUAAAUAUCGAGUUUUUUAUUGAAUACCGUAUCUAUUGUUAUCUGUAGGGACUUUCCAGAUGAUUUAACCAAAAUAUGCUUGUGAACAAUCGUGGCUUAGAUCUUUUUUAUCUUUUUCAGUGUAAUAAAUAAUAUGGAUCAUUAUUUUAUAAGAGAUAUCGGAGCAUGAAUGUUGUGUGGCGUUUCUUAAUGUGAAGUGGUGAUGAUAAAUAGAUUAAAACAUAUUUUAUCGUGGAAAUAUUUGUGGUGUUAAUGAUGAUUAUGGAUCGAAGGAAUUUCAAUUCAUUUUAUGGGCGUAGGCGUGGUCGACCGUCGCGGGCCAUGCAGGGUGCUGCCAGCGCGCCCGCGCCCCCCGCGGCUGAGCCGCCAUCUUCCCAACAUAUAAAAACAGAAGUAAUAAGCGAAGCAAAAAUCGAGGCCGAUGAAGAAAUGGACGGAGUUCAAAUUGAAAAGAAAGAGCUACGCGUCACUAGGACGACAAGCAUAGACAGCGACAACCGAUCAGACCGGAGCGAAGAAGAUGACUCAAGGAGAGCGCGGAAACGAGCUGCCUCCAUAUCACCAUCGCCCAAACCUCUGGACAAAAGAACAGCAAGGUUUGAGUGCCUAAAAUGCCGGCAAAGGUUUGACUCGGCAAACGCUUACGACAUCCACCGGUUCACUGCCCACAGCGACGACACCAAAACUGGAUUUGAUGACUUAACUUUCGUAGAUUUCUCCAGCAAAAAAUUUCCAGAAAUUGCCCGAGGAGUGUGUGAGCGUAACCCACACGUAUCAGUGACAGAGCAACGUUAUAGAUGCGACAUGUGCUGUCGUGACUUUCCGUGUGGACAAGCUUUGGACAUUCACAAGAAGACUUGUCUCUCUACCACUCGUAUUCCCAGCCCACGCGAAGAGCGAGACCGCAGGGAAGAUUUCUUUGCUAAGUUAGAUCUUACAAAUAGAUCGUUUGGGAUCACGGGUACAUUGACUCCACCGAUGGAACGAUUUGCUUCCAAAUUCGACGAAAACCACGUCGCCAACGGAAUGAGACAUAUGGAUGCCGCCUGCGACUUCGCUGAUAUAAAGUCAAUUUUAAAUGUCACAUCAGCUGGCGGACUUUUAGAGAGACUCACUGGCACAAGAGUAGCUUUAGAAAGCUCAAUUUUAACCCCACCUGACACUAUAAUCAAGGAAAGAGAGCAAGAAGAGAGUCAAGACAAUUUCGCUGCUGAGUUCAGAAGGAUGAAACUACGUGGAGAAUUCCCUUGCCGGUUAUGUCCUGCUAAGUUCCCUAACCUACGUGCCUUGAAAGGCCACAACAGAGUACAUUUGAGUGGAACGGGCCCGGGCCCUUAUCAGUGUAACAUGUGUCCCCACGCCUCUUUAGAUAAGGCAGCGUUAGUACGUCACAUGCGCACACAUAAUGGUGACAGACCGUACGAAUGUGCUGUGUGCAACUACGCGUUUACGACGAAAGCUAAUUGCGAGCGCCACUUGAGGAACAGGCAUGCUAAAAUCACAAGAGAAGACGUCAAACGUUCCAUAAUUUACCAUCCAUCUGAAGACCCUAAUAAUGACGAGGUCAACUCAAAAUUAGCAAGAGAUGAGGUGAAGAGAUCGCUUGCUUUCCACACACCUGAUAUCGACAGGCGAAAUGAAAGCACAGGACGCGACACUCCGCUCACCCAUUUCAAUCCUACCUUCAUCACUGAGAGACACCCUGUUACAAACCUAACAAGCAAACCGCUACCGUUACCCUUGCCUGAGUCCCCACUGCCAAUAACACGCGAUGUGCCACAGUCCCAACCACGAAUUAAAGUAAAGGGGAUUGGACAACUCACCCAAAUACCUGAAUUCAGACAGCCAGACAUAACCUAUAAAACAAAUGAUAUCGCACACGAUUCCUACGAUGAAGAAGCUCCCGUCGACUUAAGCACGAGUGACAAUAACAGUUGCGAUGUUCUUGAUCUCAGUAAAAAGAAACGUGAUGCUGACUCCGAAGAACCUAAAGCCCCACCGCGUCCAUCAUUCGAGCCCGACCCUGCCAGCGUCGCAGCUUCAGCUUUUGAGAAAACAAGAUUCCUGUUAGCGUCACAGAGAUUGUUUGAGAAUUCUCUUCCCAAAAUAGACCCGGCUUACUACGCAUCUCAACUGUCGCAGCUAUAUGCUGGUGCUGUUCCAGGUAUCCCUGGCUUGCCCUUGCCUCCGUCUUUUCCUAUCACACCUUAUCUUCUACAGCCGAGUUUUUUUCCACACCCUACUGACUCCCAAGAACUGGCCGAGAUAAAACAGCAUAUACAGAAAGAAAUCAUCAGGGGUUUGAGUAUGUCUGGUGGCAGGCUUGUGCCCAAUGAGCAGGAAAGUCAGCCUAAAUUAGAGCCCGAAGAAGAAGAACAAAAGCCUCCACCGUCCGUCUCUCCGAUACCAUCGCCGCACUCUGAAUCUCCCCGCCCACCAAUUACUAAUACUCUCGUUCCCCAAACUGAUUCCGUAAAAAUGGUAAUUAAGAAUGGUGUUUUGAUGCCGAAGCAAAAACAAAGGCGGUAUAGAACUGAGAGACCCUUCUCAUGCUCUCAGUGCUCUGCUCGUUUUACGUUGCGCUCCAACAUGGAACGUCACGUUAAACAACAGCAUCCACAGCAUUGGAGCGUGCGGAGGCCAGCGCCGAGGGCACCUCCACCAUACCCGAUGCCCGACAAUAUCAACGAGAGAAUGAAGUUCGCGCUAUUAGCUCGCCAUCUUGAAAGGCCCUUGCAACAAUCCGAACGUUCACCCGUGCGAAGGGAUUCUGAUGAAGUAGCCGACAAUGAAGAAGAUGAAGAGGAUACUCUAGUCAUUGAUGAGGAACCAGACCAGGAAACCAAGUCGGAAGAUCAUACUGCAGCACGCCGAGCAGCCGCUGAAAUUCUAAUGGCAACUUGCCAGCAGGAAAUGGCCAAAGACUUUGAUGUUAAAAUCGCUGGUAACUUAAUAAACAAACCUCUUCCUAUCAGCAAUGAUAAGAACGAGUCUGGACUGAAUUCAGUUUCGCCAACGCAUGAGGCAAUGCUUGUACCGGUGGUGCCCACACGAAGCGACGAAGAAGAAGAUGAGGAAGGUUUAGUUGCUUCGACUAGCGAAGGCAAUAACUCUGGAAGCGAUGAAAAUAAGUCAGAAACCGACACAGCGCUACCACCGAAGAAGAAGUCUGCGUACAGCCUAGCGCCGAACAGAGUAUCGUGCCCCUACUGCCAUCGGAAGUUUCCUUGGUCCUCAUCGCUGCGACGCCACGUGCUUACACACACCGGACAAAAACCGUUUAAGUGUCCGCACUGUACCCUUCUAUUCACCACCAAGUCGAACUGCGACCGCCACCUACUGAGGAAGCACGGUGGGUCCGCCAGAGCUGUGCUGGCUGAGCCAGUCCCGGACACUGUAUCUACACCGGCACCAAUAAAUGACUCUCGAGCGGUACCAGAACGGCCAUUCAAAUGCGCUUCAUGUCCAACAAGCACAUUUUCUUCACUUGAAACCUUAAAAAAACACAUGACCUCAAGACACGGUUCAGAUUCUCAGCCAGGCUCCCCUACCCCUGAGAUCUUGGAGGAAACGAAUGAUGGUGGUCUAGUCUUCAAGUGUCAUCUUUGUGAAGCCUCCUUCGGUGAUAGAAGUGGAGCUUUGUCACACUUGGCGUCUGGCCACGCGGCUGAGUACGAACAGCUGGUCAGCAAGGGAGCUUUGGAUGCUGCCAGCGACCGAAGCGAGAGCGCUGAUGAUGAUGAAAGAGGGAAAUUUCCUGACCAUGCUAAUAGGAAGGUGGUCUGUGCAUUCUGUGUUCGGCGUUUCUGGUCGGCAGAAGACCUCCGUCGUCACAUGAGGACGCAUUCCGGAGAGAGGCCUUUCGCUUGCGACCUGUGUAGACGUCGCUUUACCCUGAAACACAGCAUGCUGCGGCAUCGCAAGAAACAUCGGGAAGAAAUAACUGAUGAUGAAGAGCCCUCCCCCCCUCACACUCCGCUUGAGGAUGGUGUCACUAAUGGAUACCGCUAUCAAGAUGAUGACGGUUCGGGGAGCGAGAUACCAAGUAACGUGAACAACAAUAACUCACCGCCCUCUGCUCCUUACGAGAAGAAGAUAAAACUUGACAUGACGUCGCGCAAGUACUCGUCGGAGGCAGAAAACGACCCUGAGAACAGCGAUCUUAUUGGUAAACUACUUGGAAUUCCCGACAAAACCAUCAACAAACUUCUCUCUUCGGCCGACGAAGCUGCAAAGAUACUCGGCGUGAAUAAAUGAGAGUACGCUAUAGUUCUCGUGACGCCCGCUAGGCUCAUUCUAGCGCCACGGGGACUAAAAUUACCACUGCAAAACAUGCAAAUACAAACGUCCAAAGCAAUUGAUAAAGGUACAACCUCGACUAACAAGGAAUAGACGUAACAUAGUAUGUUUGCGCAAAUAAAUUAUUGUAAAUAUUUUUUUCUAGUUAUAAUAAUCCAAAGUAAAGCUUCAACGAAUGUAUAUUUUAUAACAACGCCAUCUAGCAACGAGUAGAAGCGUUAAGUGCUACCACUAUGGUAUUGAUCACUUCAAUGCAGUAGCUGUAUAUAAUAUUUUUUUUAGGUGCCUUUAGCUGCCUUAAUAUAAAGUAUAAACCGUCCUAUUACGCCUUAUUGUACUUAUUAAAGCUUAAAUAAAAAUGUGGGUAAACAACAACGAAGGUUUUAGUGCCAGUUCUUAAAGUACACUCUAAUAAUAUAGUUGUUAGUGUAUACUCAUAUUCUUACACGAAUGGUGUAAGCCAGUUGUAAGUACGGAAGAGUCAUUUUAUUGUAAGUUUUCAUUGUUAGUUAAAGUUGUGAGAACACUAUGUUCUUAAAAAACUCUAAGUAACAAUAAAAGCAUUUGUUUUUUCGAAAACUUCACUUUAUAUUUAUUGCACAUAGUUAGCUGAUAAUCUAUCGACGAUCUACGAGCCGAUACAUUUUGCAUUUCCAUCUAGUCGGGGACUAUUUUCCAUAUCCUUUCACGUACUUACUUAUAUAAAACACCAAUUUUAGUAAUAACGUUCAGCCAAAAAAAACAAACUUAAGUUUUCGCAAAUUCCAAAAUUAAUCUAGUCAACAUUUUUAAACGAAGUUUUUUUCUUAUUCUAAGCUAUGAUACCAAAACGACGAAGUUAUCAUUCUCUUUACAGUUAAAAUAAUUAUGCUAAGACUUUUAAGAAUAAAAUCCAAUUUAUUGGAAAACCAAUGAAUAGCUUAAGCAUCUAUUGUAUUACAAUAGCUUACUAAAUAAUAUAAACAAAAUAAGUUAG